UUGACUGGGGCCCCAGAGAUCUAUGAAAAAAAAAAAAAAAAAAGACAGAAAAGGAGGAGGGGAGAGAAAUUUGCAGUGAUAAGUGUUUUCUGCUGUAAGAGUCAUGGGAGAAUAUGAGUUUGAUUCUGGCAGAAGCAAAGUGGCAAUGUGGGUCAAGAAUUAACCCACAGGGAUGCCAGGAUAACGACUCCUGAGACAUGUCUCUAAAUUACAUCAAAAACUUCUAUGAAGGAUGUGUGAAGCCUCCAACUGUGAUUGGUCAAUUCCACACCCUAUUCUUUGGAUCAGUAAGAAUGUUCUUCCUUGGUGUGUUAGGCUUUGCGGUCUAUGGGAAUGAAGCUUUGCACUUCAGUUGUGAUCCAGACAAAAGAGAAAUAAACCUCUUCUGUUAUAACCAGUUCAGGCCAAUCACUCCACAGGUGUUCUGGGCGUUACAACUGGUGAUUGUCCUGGUUCCUGGCGCUAUUUUCCAUCUUUAUGCUGCAUGUAAAAGCAUCAAUCAAGAAUGCAUUCUUCAAAAGCCUGUCUACACUGUGAUUUAUAUCCUCUCUGUUUUAUUAAGAAUUAGUCUAGAGGUGAUAGCAUUUUGGCUUCAGAUUCACCUCUUUGGUUUCCAAGUUAAACCUCUCUACUUGUGUGAUGCUGGAUCUUUUGGGGAAAAAUUUACUAUUAUAAAAUGCAUGGUGCCAGAACACUUUGAGAAGACCAUUUUUCUCAUUGCAAUGUAUACAUUUACUGUAAUUACAGUAGUAUUAUGUGUUGCUGAAAUUUUUGAAAUCAUAUUUAGAAGAUUAUGCUUUCUAAUUAGGCAAUGACCAAAAGGUUGACUACCUGCCGAUAUGCUACAAUUCUUUAUCAGUCAUGUUCAUUUAGUUUCAUCUUAUUCACUGACUAUCUCAAUUUCACACAUAAAUAUAUUCUUUAAACUUAUCUCAGUGUGUCUAAACUUUAUGUCUAAUAUAAAAUAGAAUACUAAGUUCCAAGGCGAGUAUUCUUGAACAAACAUUUCAUUCUAUUUUAAUUUUGUCACAUAUUAGA